AUGGCACAUUCAGAUGAUGAAAAUUAUGAUGAAGAAGAAGAAAAUUUUGAUGAUGAAGAAGAAGAAUAUGAUGAUAGUGAAGAAGAUGAAGAGUCAUCAAGGAGAAGUUCCAAGAAAUCAAAGAAUGAUUUUUUUGAAGAAGAAGCAGAAGCAGAUGAUGCAGAGGAUGAUUAUGAAGAGGAUGAAGGUGAAGCCGAAGAUGGUUUCGAACAACUUAGUAGUGAACAAAUGAAAAAAGAUAGAGAAGCCUAUAGUUCAUUAAGGGAAAGAGAUAAUGGAUUAAGUAAUAUACUUCAAAAGGUACAAAAGUAUGCAGACAAUGAAGAUUAUGGAUAUGAUGAUGAUGAAGGCGAUUAUGAUGAGGAUUUACCAAAACAAAGUUAUUGGCGUUUGAAAUGCCGUGUUGGUGAAGAGAAACUAUUCGUUGCAUCAAUGAUGCAAAAGAUGUUAAACAAUAGAAACAGCAAUAAUCCAAACGAUCAUGUACUCAUUAAAUCGGUUAUGGCACCACAUCAUCUAUCGGGUUACGUUUAUGUAGAGGCAGAAAGAGAGGUUCACGUUAGACAGGCCAUUAAAGGUAUGACAUCAUUGGUUUCAUUCACACCAGUCAUCACACCACUCAAAGAUAUCAUAGAAGUAAUUUCUGCCAACAAAAAGAAUGUCGACCUUCAAAAGGGUGGUUGGGUUCGUAUUAGAUUAGGAAAAUAUAAGGCCGAUAUUGGUCAAAUCAUCUCUUAUGAUCCAUCAAAAUCACGUGUCACAGUUAAAUUGAUUCCACGUUUAGAUUUACCAUCUAUAGCACAAUCAUUACAAGAAAAAGAAAAUAAGGCGAAUAAUAAUAAUAAAAAUAAAAAUAAUAAUAAUAAUAAUCCAAAUAAUAAUAGUCCAAAUAAUAAUAAUCCAAAUAAUCCAAAUAAUAAUAAUCCAAAUAAUAAUAAUCCAAAUGAUAAUAAUAAGAAUAAUAAUAAUAAUAAAAAUAAUAAUAAUAAUAAUCCAAAUAAUAAUAAUAAAAAUAAUAAUAAUAACAAUAAUAAAAAUAAUCCAAAUAAUAAUAAUCCAAAUAAUAAUAAUAAUCCAAAUAAUAAUAAUAUUAAUAAUAAUAAUAUUAAUAAUAAUAAUAAAAAUAAUAUUAAUAAUAGUGGAGGUGGAGGUGGUGGUGGAGGAGGUAGUAGUGGAACUGGCGGUAGUAAUGGAAUAGAUAAAGCUGUUGCAACACCAAAGAGAAAAAGAACUCGUCCUCAAGCUAGAUUUUUCAAUCCCGAUGAGGUGGAGAAAAUGAAAAUACCACUCAAUCAAUCAACUACCCUAAGUGGUUUAUUCUAUAUUCUAAAUGGUGACAAAUAUAAAGAUGGUUUCCUUCAUAAAGUUUUUAGAGUAGCAUCAGUGAAUAUCGAUGGUGUUGUACCAUCAUUAGAGGAGUUACAAAAGUUUCAAGAUAGAGGUGAAGUUCAAAUGGAUGAAGAAGGUCAACCAAUUGAAAAUAUUUCAGCAGAAAUUUCCUCUGUUCCAAUUUUACCACGUCUUCAAACAAAAUCAACUCAUUUUGCAAAAGGUGAUACUGUAAAAGUUAUUCAAGGUGAUCUUAAAAAUUUAAUGGCAAUUGUAGAGUCUGUUGAAGAAGAUAGAGUUUUAAUUUUACCAAUUGAUGAACAAAUUAAGGAUUUAUUUGCAUUCAAACCAUAUGAACUACAAAAAUAUUUUAAAGUUGGUGAUCAUGUUAAAGCAAUUGGAGGUAGAUAUGAAGGUGAAACAGGUAUGGUGUUAAGAGUAGAUGAUUUACAGGUCGUUUUAUUAUCAGAUUUGACAAUGUCAGAGAUUAAAGUUAAACCUCAAGAUUUACAAGAGUGUACAGAAGUAGCAACUGGUCGUUUAGAGUUGGGUAAUUAUGAAUUACAUGAUUUAGUUCAAAUUGGACCACAUAAAGUGGGUGUUAUUAUAAAAGUGGAAAGAGAUUCAUUCAAGGUUUUGGAUGAGAGUUCAAAUGUUAGCACAGUUAAAUUACAAGAGGUUGGAAAUAAGAGAAGAAAUAAAUCAUUCACAACAUUGGAUGCACAUCAUAACACAAUCACCUCUGGUGAUUUAAUUGAAGUGGUGGAUGGAGCUUACAAAGGUAAACAGGGUACAAUUCUUCACAUAUCUAGAAACUUUUUAUUCAUAAAAAGUAAAGAUAUAUUUGAGAAUGGUGGUGUAUUUGUAGUAAGAACUCAAUAUUGUUCACUUUUGGGUGGUAAUAAAAAUAAACAAUCUAAUAUACAACAACAACAACAACAACAGCAGCAGCAGCAACAACAACAGCACUCUUCACAAGGUGGUAGAGGUGGAGGUAGAGGUGGUUAUAAUAAUUCAGGUAGAGGUAGAGGUGGUCGUGGUAGAGAAGAUUCACCACUUCAUAAAGUGGUUACCAUUAAGAAAGGAUCUUGGAAAGGAUAUGUUGGUAUUGUUAAAGAAUGUACAGAUACCAUGGUUCAAGUUGAACUUCAAACCAAUUCAAAAAAAAUUAAUGUUUUAAAAACCGAUAUCGCCUUACCAAAUGAACGUCAACAAAUGCAACAACAACAAACCAAUGAUUGGGAUCAACUUUACAAUGCCAGUAGAACACCAAUGCGUGAAGAUCCUUCUCAAACUCCAAUGCGUAUGAAUACACCUGCUCGUUCAAGUCAUUCAGAUCCUUGGAGUAUGCGUGAAUCAUCGGAUUACUUUUCAUCAAGUAGUAGUAGUGGUAGUGGUAGCGGUAGUAGUAGUAAUAAUAAUAGUAGUAGUGGUGGUGGUAGAGAUAGUGGUAGCCAUAAUGGAAACGAUUAUAGCAGUGGUACUACACCAGGUACAAAUUAUAGUUUGUACUCACCUUACACACCAAAUACCCCAUUGGAUGGUUCCAAUAGAAGUGAUCCAAACUAUACACCAUAUGAUCGUUCCACUCCUUCAAUGGGUUAUGGUAAUGAUCCAAAUCCAACACCAUCCUAUAUGUCAAAUUAUACACCACAUGAAAUUCCUUCAUCACCAUACACACCACAUAAUCCACAAACACCCGCAACUCCAAACUCAAGUGAAGAUCAUGACGAAGAAGUUGAACCACAAUAUUGGUCUGGUACAAAGAUUGAAGUAGUCUUUAAGGAUUCUGGUAAACAUGCCGUAGUUUUAGAUAAUCUCUCUGAUUCAACCGUUAGAGUUGAAAUGUUAGACACCAAAGAAGUAAUUGAUAAUGUUUCACAAUCUCAACUCAAUUUGGUUCCACCAGCUAAAAAAGAUCGUGUCGUCAUUGUUAAAGGUAAAUUAUGUGGUCAAAGUGGUAAUCUUUUCAUUCUUACUGAUGAAAAUACUGGUAUCGUUAAAAUGAAUUCAAACUUUGAUUUUAAAGUUUUCAAAAUGUCUUAUAUUGGUAAACUAAUAAGAUAA